GUUACAUUGAGUUACGCAUAACUGUAUGAAUGUGUGUGUGCAAAAAUACGAAAGUUAUUUAUCAAAUGUGUUUCAUAAAACAGAGCACAACUACAAGAGGUCUAAGAAAUCAAAUUAAAACAAAACAAGAAUAAUAAUCACAAAUUAUAUGUUGUGAUGCGAGUACAAUGAUUUAUUACAAACAGUAGGAAACCAAUGUCUUCAAAUAAAAUGCGUCUGGAGCAAAGGAAGCAUACUAGUUUAUUAUCUGAACUGAAAACUGUUCUGUCAACAACUGAUAAGAAAAUAGAAGUGGGCAAAUCUAUAUUCAGACAACUCCUGAUUAAAAAUCCUCAUUUCAUGAAAAUGUACAAACCAAUUCAGUCAGUGACGUUACCACAAGCAUUGAAUUCAGACUACCUUACCACUAUGGCUAUACGUUAUGUGGACAGUAUAGUGGAUAUUGUGGAGAAUUUCAACGAUGAAGAAAAUUUACAACAAAAGAUUAAAUAUCUAGCUGGUAAACAUACAAACUGUGGAUUAACAGUAGCGCAUUUUGUAUCAAUUUUGCCUAUAUUCACAGACAGUAUUGUAUCUUAUUUGAAGAUUGAUGAUAAUAAAGAAAGUAUGCAAUUUAUAUUAUCGACUGUAUUUCCAAUGAUUGGGAAACGCCUAUAAUUUUCAUCAAGCAAUGCAAAUAAUUUACUGAUGAUAUCGAAUAAUAAAUAAAAUAAUUCAAUCAGUC